AUGUCUUACGGAUUCGAUUCUUCGUCCCCAAACACAAGUUUUGGCGAUGACUCAUCAUUUCAGUCAUCAACAUCCAAUAUAGCAGGUGAAGCUGAAAUGAAGUUGGCACUUCAACAGCUUCAGACUCAGGCCGAAUUCCAAAACCAAGUUUCUCAAUUAACUAGUCGCUGCUGGGACCUUUGCUACACUGGCACUCCUGGUGCAAAACUGGACGAUAAACGAGCCAAUUGCCUCAAAAAUUGUGCGGAACGCUACAUCGAUGUUUCAGUGUUUCUCCGUAAUCGGCUGCAACAAAUGAUAGCGCGAUCCCAACAGCAGUAG